AUGUUCCCUUCCUCACCGCUACAGAUCAGCUUGACGAACUCUUCGACCUCGUCGGCGCCGUCUUUUCUUCGACUGCGCAGCUCCAAUGUGCAGAGCUUCACGGUCAGCGCCACGGGGCAAUUGGCCCAGCUGUCGAAGGUAGAGAGUCACAUGCAUCGGCUGAUGGUGGAUUCGCAGGUCUUAGACUUUGAGGUCACGGGUGAAACCGUUCACUUUUGCAAAGGCGAUGCGAUGGAGGAGCCUUCUUGCCAAGCACCAUCAACUGGUGCCCCACCGCAGUGGCGCCGUUGCAUGGCCGCCACCGCGGCGCACGCGGGACCCAUUCGACAGGUCUUUGCUGCGCCGUGGGUGGUGGUGGUGCCGGACGACCCCACGCCCUUGGAGCUGCGUUUGGGCGCCUACUUCGCCACGGGGCACCUGGUGGCUGUGGGCAGCGCCACCCAGCUGCGCACUUCGUCGACGUCGACGGAGACGUCGCGGCGGGUGCUGCUGGGGACGGUGGAGCGGCUGCGAACGCUGCAGGGGGCAGACUGGCCUGUGGAACUGAAUGCGGAAGGGCCUCCCACCAUCACCGUCGCCGGCUGCACCUUCACCGGCGACGGCAGCGGCGGCUACGGCGCCGUGUUCCGCGCGCCGGGGCAAGAGCUGGUGAUCACGGCUACGGAUGAGCGGGCGCUGAAGGACUUGGUCACUUUCAGCUUCGCGACCAAUCAGCCGCACACGCGCGCGCCCAUGUCCAACAUGCUGCCGGAUUUCCUGAUCACGGGACCGGACUUCGCCUGGAAGGGCUAUGGAGGUGUAGUGGCUGCGGGCUUUUGGGAUGAACGUUGGCGAGCAGCCCCGAACUCGGCGUAUCUGCAGUGCUGAGACGACACGGGCGGAACCUGCGAGCGGAACCUGCGAGCGGAACGUUUAACGACGCCGAAACGCCGAGAGCUUCCGACGUGGAGCUGGAGAUACACAGCGAGGUCGUUGUUCCUCAUCCAUGCGGCCGAGAGAAACGAGACGAGGAGACGAGACGCGGUGGCAGUUAAAAAAAGCCAGAGAUGGUCAGCGGUGGAAA